CUUCUCAACGAACUCAACGAACUCAUAUUUCUCGAUUCAGUUUAGUAUUUUUUCGUAAAAAUAUUGUCGAAAAAUAAUUCCAUCUAUUUUGGAUUAUAUUGAAAUUUCUUGAUAAUUAUUAUUAUGGGGGACUUUAUGGAUAAGGCUUCUGCAAUCUGGAAAGCACUGGAUGACAUGGUUGAUAAGGAUCCAGAAGCGUACGCCAAGUUCAUCUCGUCACAAUUAGAAGAAGGGAGGGAACUAUUUGGCGGCGGUGACCACACCCCUGCGACGGCGUCAUCGGAUAAGGCGAAAAAAGUCAGCGGCGGUGGGGGUGUUCAUCUCCUAGACAAAUUGCAAGGGUUGAACGUAUCAACGAAGGGGGGUAAAAAGUGCUCUGGAGAAAACAUGUCAGCAUCUCGUCCCACGCAAAAGAAUGACUUAACUAGGUCGACUGAUAAGAAUCUUCUGGACGACCAGGUCGGUGGGAAAGGGAGCUUGUCAAUCUUAUCCAUUUUCAAUUUGAAGAAUGACGAUGCAUGUGGCAAUGAGAAAGAUGAUCUUUAUAAAGAAGAGACUCUCCGUCUCAUUCCAGAAGAAGACAAGACGGAUAAGAAGAAAGAAUCUCGUCCCUUAAUUGAAGAACUUAAUUAAAAUUUUACCAGACUAUAAUUUAUCACGAGUUUGCAUUAUUAUUCCAUUCCAAUUAUUUAUAGAUAUGCACACAUAAAGUUGUUUAAAUACAUAUCAUAUAAAUGCAAACUAAAAAGUAUUCGAAAGUAGUUAAAAUAAUCACGGUUGACG